AUGAGUUGUGCCCCUAAUGCUUCUCAUACUCCCAUAUUCUUGCUGGUGGGACUAUGGAGAGGUGGGCCCCCCAACCAUCUUCUUUUCCCACUGUUCUUAGUUGCCUAUGUGGCUGCUGUUGUGGGUAACUUGAUGUUAGUACUGCUCAUCUCUCGGGAUUCACAACUAGGUACACCUAUGUACUACCUGCUUCGUGGCCUCUCUGUAGUGGAUGCAGGACAGGCCACAGUUACUUUGCCUCAGCUAUUGGUCCAUCUUGUCUCUCCUCAACCAGCUAUUACUGCAGUCCGUUGCCUGGUGCAGUUCUUCUUCUUUUAUCUGUUUGCUGUUACAGACACACUGGUGGUAGCUGUCAUGGCACUGGACCGUUAUGUAGCCAUUUGUGAUCCACUGCAUUAUUCAACUUUGAUGAAUCGUCAUGUUUGUGACUGCCUGAUGGCUUCAUGCUUGAUCCUGUCCCUGUUCCACUCUCUUUUGCAUUCAGGACUCUUACUGCCUCUUCAGUGGGCUGGGGACAGUGAGGGUGCUGUCUACAUCCCUCACUUUUUCUGUGACCAUUGGCCUCUGGUUCGAGCAUCUUGCUCUAACAUCCAACUCAAUGUGUUAGCAAUCUUCUUAGAAGGUAGCUUAUUUGUGGCAGGUCCCUGUGCUCUUAUCUUGUUCUCUUAUGCCCGUAUUGCAGCUGCCAUCUUCCACUUACACACAGCAGCUGGCCGCUGGAGGGCUGUGUCCACUUGCAGCUCUCACCUCACGAUGGUUAGCUUCCUCUAUGGCACUGUCAUUUGGGUCUAUUUUCAGCCACCUUCCCAUAAUUCCCCAGAGCAGGACAUGGCUGCUGCUGUAAUGUAUACAGCUAUUACUCCUCUGGCCAAUCCAUUUGUCUACAGCUUCAGAAAUAAAAAUGUUAAGAAUGCUCUCCGUAGACUUCUGAGUUCCAGUAGAGUGAACUCCCAGUUGCAUUUGCCCUGA